AUGGCUUGCGCUAUGUCCUUUGAACCUAUAGCAAUAAUUGGCAUGUCUUGUGAAUUCGCUGGUGGCAUCCAUACGCCCAUCGAUUUUUGGCAGGCACUUGAGGAAAGUCGUGAUCUAGGUAGUGAAAUACCUGUCGAACGGACUGAUUUCUUGUCAUAUUGUGCUCAUAUAAUUAAUCAGGAUGACGGUGAAUUCAAACGAAAGCUCAUACGUCGUGGUUAUUUUUUGCCAACAUCGGCGCUUGACACCUUUGAUGCAGGUUACUUCAAUCUCUCAGAUGGAGAAGCAGUUACGAUUGAUCCAUGUCAUCGUCUUCUCAUGAUGAAAUUCGUUCAUUUGAUUGAAGACGCUGGUUACACUUUGGAACAAAUCCGUGGAUCACGUACUUCGGUGCAUAUUGGUCAAUUCUCAAAUGAUCAUGCAUUGGGCUCACUUCGGCUUAAACCAGAACAUUCAACACGUUUUCAUGGUCCGCAUAUACUGCUGUACAAUGCAUCAGCUCGGUUGUCCUACCACUUUGAUCUACAUGGACCUAACCUAUCUCUGGAUAGUGCUUGUUCAACAGGCCUUCAAGCCAUUCAUCUUGGCGUACAAGGAUUGCGUACAGGCGAAGCAGACAUGGCUGUUUGUGGCAGUGUUAAUACUUUUACGACACCUGAGCAAAUGUUCCAAUAUUCAAUGUUCGGCGCCUCUGCUACUGAUGGACGAAGUCGAGCGUUUAGUAUUGAUGCCAAUGGUUAUGCGAAAGGUGAGGGCUUAGGUCUCGUUCUUCUCAAACGAUUGAGUGACGCUGAACGGGAUGGCGAUAGAAUUUACUGUGUACUACACGAUGUCUUAAGCAAUCAUGAUGGUUCUGAAGGUAAAAACAGUUAUGUUGUACCGGCAGCCGCUGGACAACUACGUCUUCUUAAAGAAAUUUAUGCUAGAACACAAUACGAUCGAAAUCGUAUCUUCUACGUUGAAGCACAUGGAACAGGAACACAAGUGGGUGAUCCAACAGAAGCCAAUACUAUUGGUGAAUUCUUCCAACGGUCACCUUUCGAUCCUCCAUUAUUAAUUGGAUCCGUUAAGAGCAAUAUUGGGCAUACGGAAGGAACAGCUGGUAUUGCAUCUCUUAUUAAAACAAUAAUGUGUAUGAAACAUAGAGCGAUUCCACCAAACAUGCAUUUCAAAGCUUAUAAUCCAAAAAUUGAAACAGACCGGUUUAACCUGCAUGUGGUCCAGACAAUGACUGUAUUUCCUCCAAUUAAUAUUGACGAUGAAAAAGAAUAUCCAGUAGCUAUUGGCAUUAGUUCGUUUGGUGUUGGUGGCAAUAAUGCUCAUGCUAUUAUCGAAGAAUAUCAUCCAAAAGAGAGAUCGGUCAAUGCAAAUGGUCAUGUUGAAGAAGAACUACUACAACAGCAUGGUCUUUUUAUCUUUUCCACAAAGAGUAGUGGAUCACUUUAUAAACAAGUAGUAUCGUUCAAUGAAUGGUUACAACAAAUAGAACACCAGGAUGAUGAUCGUUCUUUUCUUGCACGUAUCUCUCAACAAUUACUGCUCAAACGCACCAUUAGUCACGAACAUUUGGCCAUUUUUGUUUCAGCCAAUCGUGCUCAAUUGGAACAACAACUUGAUCUUUUUCUUCAAAAACAAUCAACACCAGGACUAUUAGUCACCAAACGCAUUUCAUUAAAUUGCCCUCGCAUAUGUUUUGUUUUUAGUGGUCAGGGUCCUCAGUGGUGGGCCAUGGGUCGAGAACUCUACUCAUCUGAACCUGUUUUUCGCCAAUGGAUACAACGAAUCAAUGAAGAACUCAUAAAAAUCAAUGGUGGUGAAUUCAACUUACUUAACGAAAUGAUUGAGAAGACUGAGGAAGAAUCACGUGUUAAUGACACUAACAUCGCACAACCGGCCCUAUUUGCUGUUCAAGUAGCGCUUGCAGCACUUCUCGUCUCGUGGCAUAUCUUUCCCAGCGCAAUUGUAUCUCAUAGUGCAGGAGAACAAGCAGCCGCUUUUAUCUCUGGGCGAGUUUCAUUGAAUGAAGCAGUUCGUAUUGUUUAUAAUCGAUCGCGUCUUCAACAUCGAAAUACUCGUCAAGGUGGUCGAAUGUUGGCUGUUGCUAUGAAUGAACAAGAAGUACGAGAUUCAUUACUCAAAGGAAUUGAACGCCUGAUAUCUGUUGCCGGUGUCAAUAGUCCACGCUCAGUGACACUUAGCGGUAAUGAAAAAAUUAUCGAUGAACUCGAGGGCAUUCUUACAACACUUCAUUCGACUGUGUUCAAAGCUCGACUACGGAUCGAGAACGCAUUUCAUUCGCAUCAGAUGGAUCGCUUUGGCAUCAGAGAAGAGAUCCUUUCAAUACUUGACGAUAUUCGAGGUCUUCCUCUUAAAAAUACACAAGAAAUGUUUGAUAUUCGUUGUGCGCAAGCUUCACUUUAUUCACCUGUUACUGGAGGUCGAAUAGACGAUAAAACGCCGCUUGAUGCUCAUCAUUGGUGGUCAAACAUUCGCCAAUAUGUUCGAUUUGGUGAUGCUAUUCAGGCAAUUAUUCAAGAUGGAGUCGUCGAUGCUUUUCUCGAAUUAUCACCUCAUCCUGUUUUGGCCACAUCAAUACGAGAAUGCUACGAGAAAAUGUCUACCAUUCAGCCAAUCAUUUUGCCUACUCUAAAACGAAAGGAAGAUGAACAGAAAACACUGUUGGCAAGCAUUGCACAACUCUCAUACUCACCUGACGUCUGGAAACACUAUCUUGCAUCUCGAUGUGUUCAACCAAGUCAAGAUGUGGAACAUUUAUUUAACAACUUUCCAUUAUAUGCAUUCAACUUAACUCCUUGUUGGUAUGAAUCACAAGAAUCUGCAAUAGAACGUCUCGCUUAUCGUCUACCUCUACAUCCACUACUGGGUGUUCGUCAGUGGACUCAACACACUUCAGCAAUAUGGAAAAGUUUGAUCAAUCUCAAUAUACCUGAACAUGCCUAUUUAUGUCAGCACAAAAUCCAAGAUGCUAUCCUUUUUCCAGCUGCUGGAUUUCUUGAGAUGGCACUAGCCGCCUGUCGUCAGCUCUUACCAGUAGCUAAUAACGAUGAGACACCACCACCGAUCGCUUUUGAGCAGGUUGAAUUUAUCAAAGUUCUUGUUCUUACCGAGCACAAAUUGACCGAAGUUGUGACACAAAUUGUGAUGCCGAUGCGUGAAUGGUUGAUUUACAGUCGACCAUGGUCGGCAGCUGGACAAGAUUGUCGACGAUCUUCUGGCAUGGCUUGCAAUGAUUUUAUUGAUUCUUUCGUUGAUCUCCAAACAUUAAAUGCAUAUUCUCUACGUCAAUUUACUCUGCAUGCACGAGGUCGCAUUGAUAUUGGUCCUCAUUUGAACAUUCAUGCCUCGUCAGCCUAUCGAUUCAGUAAAGAAGAAACAACAAGCUGGUAUGAUCUAAAUGUUCCUAAUCUCUACGACCAUUUAUCCACAAGAGGGUAUCAAUACGGUCCAAAAUUUAGAAUAGCAACUUCAAUCAAAACCACAAAUUCAGAAGUAACGGGUCGAGUUACUUCAACUAAUAGUGAAGAAAACGAUGUACGUUACUAUCUACACCCACUCAUUAUUGAUGGUUGUUUCCAUACAUUCUUGUCUAUUGUACCAGGAAUCGAAACAUUCCUUCCAGUUGCCAUUAACAAGAUGAUUAUUUAUGGAAGUACUUGUCAUUUGUCUCAAUUAGUGACGCAUGGAUCCUAUCAUUCAUUUCUUGUCGGUCUUUCGCAAGAGCGAGCUUAUGCUUUGGAUGCUGCCAUAUUUAAUAGUAAUGAUGAAAUGAUAGAAUCCAAUACGAAACCAGUCGUCAUAUGUGAAAUGUUCAAAAUGCAACGCAUUCCUGGUUGUUGGACACUAUCUGAUAAGUCCAUUUUCCAAAAGAUAAAUGAAAUUGUUCAUCUACCAAAUGGAGAUUAUGAUAAUCAUGUACAGACAAUUUUAUCUGAAUUUUGUCUACAAAAGAAAUGGUCAAGUCUGUUUAAUCAUCUGACUAAGACAGUCGAUCUUUUACCAUCGUCGAACACCUUGAUGAGUGAGACAGAAAGACAAGAGAUCGAAAUGAUGAACAAAGACAAUGACAAUGACAAUGAUAAUAUCAAUAAUCAACUAGCAAAUUCAAUUGAGCCAUUGAAUGCUUUAGCUGGAAUGUAUGCUCUUCAAGCAUUACAACAUCUUGCUUCAUUAGAGAACAUUCAACUGAUCGUUAAAGACAAAUUGUGUCAUCUUGUGCGAGACGAUGAACCUCAUUUUUUCCUAUUAUUUGAAGCUGCUUUUUCACUUGUUCAUCAACAUGGACUAAUUGAUGAAUGUGGCAAUACCACUACGACAGUGACAAAUCAUUCGAUUCAGCUAAUUCAUCAAAAUCUUGUUAAGCAAUUUCCUCGUCUCAAAUCAUUCAUUACUCUAAUGAAUGCAAUCGGAUCCAAACUUGGUGAUAUGCUCUUUGGUGGACACGCUCACGAAGAAUUAUUUACACAAAACAAGGAAACUGAGUUAGCUCUUGAAGAUGUACAGAAUACUAUUUCAUUUUUAAAAACACAAUGUGUUUUUCAAGCACUCAUCAAUCAUAUGCAGAACACUCGUCCGAAUUCGUUACGCAUUCUAUUAUUUGGAGUCAGUAUAAGUUCGGUUUCAGUGCCUAUUAUUCGUCAAUUGGCUGAUUUUGCUGAAGAAACAGGCACAUAUGUUAAGGUUCUUUAUGUCGAUCUGACAGAAACACUUCUAUUAGAAGCUGAACAAGCUUUCCAGUCCUGUCUACCAAAUAAUAACAAGAGAAAUCAACGAAUUUUUGUCUCUUACCGUGUCUAUGACAUAGAAGCUGAAUCAAACAACUCAACUCUGUUAGAUGAAUCCCAUGAUAUUAUCUUUGUGGCCAGUGGACUUCAAACAACAAGUGAUAUUAAUCAUUCACUUGAUUCACUUCGUCGUCUUCUUGUACCAGGCGGUCUUCUUCUCGUGAUCGAAUUAACAUUAACUCAUUCCUACUUCGAUCUUAUAUUUGGUUUAUUUCCUUAUUGGUGGCGUGAUAGUCACAGUCGUGCUCCACUUACUAUUGAUCAAUGGAGACAAGCAUUUCAGUCAGUAGGUGGAUUCGAACCAAUGGUAGUAUCAGCAAAGGCAAACGCAUUUGGAGAUUCUCUCAUGAUUAUGCGAAAAUCAACAGCAAGAUCCAUUCUCAUUCACCUUUCCGAAUGGCAAGAUCAAGCCUGGCUCUUAUUUGCUGAUCGUGGGCACAAACUGUCGUAUGCACUUGUACCUCAUUUACCAAGUUCUAACAUUGAAAUUCUACAAGAUACUGUCACUACUGAUCAUAUUUCUUCAACGAUUGAUAUCAUGUUGAAACAACAUAAACAAUUGCAUAUCAUAUUUGCUUGGCCACUCGAUGUAUUGCAACUUGGUCAGAAUAACAAUGAAACAAGAUUUGAAUCGCAUGUAGAGCAUUUAUGCUACAAAUUUGUUUACAUUCUGCAAUCUAUUCAAAAAUAUCAUCGACAGCAUAGCUCAUUUCCAUACACUUUUAUUCUUACACAAAACUCUCAGCCAAUGCAUGGAAAGAGUGAAUUCAAUCCGAGAAUAGCACCACUCAUUGGACUUAUCCGUAGCUUAAGCGUUGAAUGUCCACGUCAUCACAUUAAACUCAUUGAUUUACAACCAACAGCAGACAUAUUCGCAGAGUCAUCUUAUUCCGACAUUCUCAUGCAGCAUAUGAUCAACUCACGGGAAGCCGAUAAUCUUGAUGAAGUUAUUCUUUCUCUUGAGGCCGAUCGUCGUAUUCGAUGCUUUCAAUGGUAUUAUGAUUGGUUGCAAUCAAAAGAACAGCAGGAAUUAUCAUCAAAAAUGGAAAGAACAAUCGUACCCAAAAAUGACGCUGACAAGAAUCCAUUUUGGCUUCAAGUUGCACCAUCGCGUUUUGUAGCUGAUCUUGUUUGGAUGAGAGAUCCAAUACCAAUCAAUAAUCUAUUACCUGGUCAAAUUCAAGUCCGCAUUCACUGCACUAGUCUCAAUUUCAGAGAUGUCCUGAAAGUACGUGGUCUGUAUCCUCACACACGAGUGUUUGGUCAACGAGAUUGUGAUCAACCUUUACUCGAUCGUGAUACUACUCCUGGAACUGAUUUUAUGGGUACUGUUAUUCUUUCACAUUCUAUGGAUCUGAAGAUUGGAGAUCGUGUCAUUGGUUUUUGCUCGUCAGGUACUUUCCAUUCUCAUAUUAUUCUCAAUACCUCAGUUGUCUCUCGUGUUCCCGACGAAUGUUUGUUGUCGGAUGAACAAUUGGCUGCUCUGCCUACUGCAUUUUUCACAGCACUCCUCUCCUUGAAACAUCGUAUUAGACUUAAGCAUGGUCAGACCGUUCUUAUUCAUGCUGCGACGGGUGCCACUGGUCAAGCUUGCAUUCAGUAUUGCCAAGCGGUUGGUGCUCGGGUUAUUGCUACUGCCGGUAGUGAUGCCAAGCGAUGUUUUCUACGAAAGCAUUAUGGAAUUGAGCAUGUAUUCAAUAGUCGUGAUUUGGCGUUUGUCACCGAAAUACGCUCUCUUUUUCCAAAUGGUAUUAAUGUCAUUGUUAAUUCCCUUUCGGGUCCACUUCUUCAAGAAUCAUUCAAACUACUUGCUCCUCACGGUCAUUUUAUUGAGCUCGGCAAACGGGACGUGUACGCAAGGACUAGUCUACCAAUUUUUGACUUGCGACAAGAUUGUAAUCUUCAUGUCAUUGAUCUAACAUUACAUGUCAUUGACGAACCUCAUACCAUGCAUGAAAUGAUCAACGAUGCUUGGGACCAUUUCCGAAGAGGUCUUUUCAAACCAUUCGAACCUUUGACUAUUUUUGAGCCGUCUGAAAUAAUUGAUGCAUUUACACAAUGCAGUCUUGGUCUAUCCAUGGGAAAAAUGGUAGUUCGUAUGACAAAUUCUGAACAGCCCCUCUUACUUAAAGAAAGUGACAUGAACACGAGCAUCAAUGAAAAUUCCAGCGAAGGAUCAAUGUUUCCGUUUGUAGUGUGUGAAAGUGGAACCAUUCUCGUUUCGGGUGGAUUGGGUGGUCUCGGACUUACUAUGUCUCGUUGGAUGAUAGAAAAACGAGGUGUCAAGCACAUUGUUUUAAUGAGUCGUCGUACAAUUGAACAGUUUGAAAAAACCGAAAAUAAUCCACAAUUAGAAGAUUGGUUGCAACUCAAAGAAACAGCAGUUAAACAUAACGCCUCAAUUGAUGUCGUUCAAGCAGAUGUUACUCAUUUUGACGGUGUUUAUGAACUGAUUAAACGUCUUAAUCAAACAUCACAUCCAGUGCGUGGCAUUAUACAUAGUGCCGUCAUAUCUGAUGAUAAAUUGUUGACCAAUCUUAGCCAAGAGACACUCUUUCGCGUUAUGGAACCCAAAGUGCGCGGUGGAUGGAAUCUUCAUCAAGCGUCACAACAAAUCGGUGCAUCUUUGCAUUUCUUUAUCAUGUUCUCAUCAAUUCGCAAUCAUUUGAUUGAUCCCGGAUCGAGUGGUUACAAUGUAGGAAAUGAGUUUUUCGAAGCUCUAGCACAUUAUCGUCGUGAGCAAUUGAAACUACCGGCUCUGUCGAUUGCUUUGCCAGCAGUGCAUGGAGCAGGCAUGUUUCAUCGACAACAAGCCAUUUUGAAUAAUUUACUAAUUGCACAAGGGAUGGAGAUGUUGCCUACAGUAGCUACAUUCGAAUUAGUCGAACGACUCUUUAGCAUGCAAACAAACUAUUCAUCACCUAUCGUUUUUGCUGUCGACUGGAAACGACUAUAUGCCAAUAAAGCUAACUUGGCUAAUCAUCAGUUAGUACAAUUUAUUGAGCAGCAGGCUACUCAACAAGGUAUUUCUAAUGUACCAGCAAAUGACUCGGGUUCUUCAUCAAUAGCCAAUAUUGAAGUCAUUACGGAACGAAUUCGAGAGACAGUCAUGCGUCUUCUAGGAGCAUCCAAUAUUGAUCGAAUAGAUAUAGAUCGCUCGCUGCUUUCACUUGGUCUAGAUUCACUUGCGGCCGUUUCACUCUAUAAUUGGCUUAGUCAAGAAUGGGGUGCAUUUAUUACGGUAGCAGAGAUUUUUCAAGGUAUUAAAAUUUCAGAGAUUGCUAGUCGAGUGCAAAAAAACCUGGUAGAACGACAAACAACAUCAGGAAAAAUAGAAACUACGUUAUCAAGUGACAUGGAACAGAUGGAUGAAGGUGAAGGUGAUUUAACACUUUCUACAACCAAAAAGGCUACAUCGUACAAUGGCAUGGAAGGAGUUCUUAGAGUUUUUCAAGUCAAAGAUAGUAAUUCGGUCAUAUUCGCUAUUUCGUCCAGCAAUACUAUCACUGACGAAUGCCUUCGAAAGUUCGCCAAUAAGAAAUCAACCAUUUAUUUUCUUCAUGUCACCAUAGAUAAACUACAUACGGAAAUUUCCACUCGUGAGACUAUCAUUCAAAUGCGUCGAUUGCAUCCUCAUGGUCCUUACUCAUUAGUGGCUUUAGAUAAUGAAAGUAACGAUAUUAUCAAAGAAAUAAUAAAGCAACUCCAAUACUAUACAAAAGCUGGUGUUAAUCAUCUCAGUUAA